AUGGGCAGUGAUCCAGAGGGUUUUGAUCCAGAGGGUUUUGAUCCAGAGGGUUUUGAUCCAGAGGGUUUUGAUCCAGAGGGCAGUGAUCCAGAGGGCAGUGAUCCAGAGGGUUUUGAUCCAGAAGGUUUUGAUCCACAGGGUUUGGAUCCAGAAGGUUUUGAUCCACAGGGUUUGGAUCCAGAGGGUUUUGAUCCACAGGGUUUUGAUCCAGAGGGUUUGGAUCCAGAGGGUUUUGAUCCAGAGGGCAGUGAUCCAGAGGGUUUUGAUCCAGAGGGCAGUGAUCCAGAGGGUUUUGAUCCAGAGGGUUUUGAUCCAGAGGUCAGUGAUCCAGAGGGCAGUGAUCCAGAGGGCAGUGAUCCAGAAGGUUUUGAUCCAGAGGGUUUUGAUCCAGAGGGCAGUGAUCCAGAGGGCAGUGAUCCAGAGGGUUUGGAUCCAGAGGGUUUUGAUCCAGAGGGCAGUGAUCCAGAGGGUUUUGAUCCAGAGGGCAGUGAUCCAGAGGGUUUUGAUCCAGAGGGCAGUGAUCCAGAGGGCAGUGAUCCAGAGGGCAGUGAUCCAGAGGGUUUUGAAAGCCUGCAUUGA